AUGUCGACCGCCAAAUACGCCCCGGCGCCCACGCGCGACUCGCUCGACGAGCCUGAGCGCCAGUACACUCAAGCCCCGCCAUCGUACCAGGACAACGCCACCGCAGGCGCCAGCGCUACCACAGCUGGCUACGGCACGCCGCGCGAGGAGGACGACAAUGUUCCCGAUGACUUCAAGUUCGGUGGCUCCGUCUCCGAAGCCACGCUCGACAUCCGCAUGCAAUUCAUCCGCAAAGUCUACUCGAUCCUGACGGUUCAGCUCCUGCUCACGACCGCUCUUUCCUCCCUCUCCUUCUUCUCGACGGGCUACCGCAACUGGAUCCAGUCGAACCCAUGGAUGAUGUGGGUGUCGCUCUUUGGCGCGAUCGGCUUCCUGCUUCUCACCUUCUGGAAGCGCAAGAGCUACCCCACCAACUUGAUCUUUCUGGCCGCCUUCACUGGCCUCGAGGCUUAUUCCAUCUCUGUCGUAUGCAGCUUCUACGAGUCUCGCAUCGUCGUCCAGGCUUUGGUAAUCACACUGGCCAUCUUCGCUUUCUUGACGGCGUUUGCGUGCCAGAGCAAGUAUGACUUCACGAGUUGGGCACCGUACCUGUUUGGUGGUCUGUGGAUUCUCAUCAUUUUUGGGUUCAUGGCGGCCUUCUUCCCACAUGGAAAGACUAUCGAAUUGGUAUAUGGCUUGGUGGCCGCAUUGAUCUUUAGCGGGUAUAUUCUCGUUGAUACUCAAUUGGUGAUGCGCCACUAUCACGUGGAGGAGGAGAUUGCUGCUUCCAUCUCCUUGUAUCUGGAUAUUCUCAAUCUCUUCCUCGCCAUCUUGAGGAUCCUCAACAGCCAACAGAACAACUGA